CAGUGAAAACGCAAUUCACAUACCGUCGAAGAUUUGGAUAUAAUUUCAACUGACCAAAACACUAGACCAUAAAGAAAAGAAAGCAAAUAAAAUAAAACAUGGCAGACGGUGGGGUGGUGGAGCAGAACUCCCCGCUGCUAGCGAGCAACGGCGACGACAUUGAGGCCAUCAAUGGAGUGGUAGAUUUUGGGAGAGAAUUCUUGAUUGAAUCAAAGAGGCUGUGGUGCCUUGCUGCUCCGGCGAUGUUCACCUACUUCUGCCAGUAUGGCCUCAUCACCGUCACUCAAAUCUUCGCCGGCCACCUCGGCACCGUGCAGCUUGCCGCCGUCUCCGUCGAGAACUCCAUCAUCUCAGGAUUCCCCUUUGCCUUGAUUUAUGGAAUGUCAAGUGCACUAGAGACAUAUUGUGGGCAAGCCUAUGGAGCCAACCAACACGAAAUGCUAGGAAUCUAUAUGCAACGAACAUGGCUCAUCCUCAACGCCGUGGCCCUCGCAUUCCUCCCUCUCUUCCUCUUCGCCACCCCUGUCCUCCGGCUCCUCGGCCAGACCCCGGCCGUGUCAAGGGAGGCCGGGAGGUUCGCGGUGUGGAUGAUCCCCGAGCACUUCGCCUACGCCAUGACCUACCCCUCCACCAAGUUCCUGCAGGCUCAGAGCAAGGUCGUGGUGCUCGCGGCCAUAGCCACAGCCGCGCUCUGCCUCCACGCCUCCCUCACCUGGCUCCUCGUCUCCACCCUCGGCUGGGGCCUCGUGGGGGCGGCCGUGGCCCUGGACACGUCGUGGUGGUUCAUUGCCGUGGCGCAGUUCUCCGUCGUCGUUGCUGGGAGCUGCGGCGAGGCUUGGAAUGGGCUGUCGUGGAGGGCGUUUCAUGAUUUGUGGAUGUUUGUUAAGAUGUCUCUUGCCUCGGCAAUGAUGACUUGCAUGGAAACAUGGUAUGUGUUUGCUCUCACUCUAUUUGCUGGAUACUUAGAAGAUGCUGAGAUAUCAAUUGAUGCCUUCUCAAUAUGCAUAAACGUGCUUGGUUGGUCCGGCAUGGUGGCAACUGGACUCAACAUCGCCACAAGUGUGAGGGUGUCGAAUGAGCUAGGCCGUGGCCAGCCUGGGAGGUCAAGGUUGGCAGUGGUCGUGAGCGGGGUGUUUUCUCUACUAACAGGGCUGCUCUUCACCAUCAUCCUAGUAGCCUCUCGGAAGCAGUAUCCUGCUAUUUUCUCGAGCAACGAGCAAGUUCAGAAGGUCGUGGAAGAGCUAACGCCGUUGCUAGGGAUAAGCAUUGUCUUCUCGAAUGUUCAAUUCACUCUACAAGGAGUGGCUAUCGGGGCGGGGUGGCAGGUUCGGGUUGCUUACCUGAGCGUUGGAUGCUACUUCCUAUUAGGUGUGCCCUUUGGAACAGUAAUGGCAUACAAGUUUGAAAUGGGACUCAAGGGACUUUGGUGUGGGAUGGUGAUUGGUUUGUGUACGCAAACUGGGCUAUUGUUGUGGAUUAUAUGCAUUGCAAACUGGAACAAAGAGUGCUUGAAGGCUGGAGAAAGGCUGAAACAGUGGAGUGUGGAAAGAAGAGGCAAAGAGACAAGUUAGCAAAAUCUAAUAUAUGAGUUAAAUAUAAAAGUGGUUGUAAUAGCCUAUCAACAUUUUAGUCACAUGUAAUUAAUAGCUUUUCCUCGUAAUCGGAUGCCUAAUGAAUUUCUUCAGUAUUAUUCUGUGCCCAGAAAUCGAAUUGGGCACAAGAUUUGCAAAUUCAUAGUAGUAUGUAUGCAUUAAGCUUUUUAAAAAAACUAUUAGCGAUUAUUA